AUAAUAUCUAUAGAGAGUUCAAUAAACUUUAACAGAAACAAUGGAAGACGAUAUAGAGAAUAUAGAGCUGAAGUCAGCAGGUAUGAGGAAGACGUUCACCCUUCGGAACAAUGUCGCCAGACAGGCAGCAGUCAACUUUAUGCCAUCUCGUAAAAUGGCAUACAGCACCCUAAGAUUGAGGCGAGUAAGUAGCGAACACAAUGCUCUGCUCGAGGCGAUGUCUGACGCACCAGAUGCGGCCGAAAAGCAAGCGGACAUCAUCGUACGAGAAAUGGAACAGCAUCACCAUUUGAUGGAAGAUAAUCCGCUUUCUGAAGAACUAAGAAGAGCAGCAUUACGUGACCUUCCGCAAGGGUUGACUAUGAAACGAAAUGUCCGAGCGAAGUUAUCGGCUUCUGUUAGUUUACGCUCCAAGCGGAGACCAAUUUCGAUGUUCAAGAGGAUGAAGUACAGGAUAAGCUUUGCUUGGAAGAAGUCACGUGACCACUUCCGUGACUUUAUAUUUUCGAUCGAGUUGUGGUACGAAGCUAUAAGAAACAUCGAGGGUCACUUGGGCUCAGCGGUCGGAUCUUACUUCCAUCUCCUGAGGUGGUUGUUCGUUCUCAACCUGAUGCUGUCCAUCUUCUUGAUAUCCUUCCUCAUUGUACCCCAAACUUUGCACGAUAAUGGGAGAAAUGGGACUGAUUUGAAAUUCGUGGACUUUAUAAGUGGCCUCGGUGGCUUAGAAGACACGUUACUGUUCUACGGCCACUACCACGACGGCAUCAUCAGUACUGGCGCCUUACAAUACAAUAUGCCCUUCGCAUAUUUCUUCACUAUGGUGUCACUGUAUCUGAUGUUCUUUGCCGUGCUGUGCUAUAGGACGGCGUACUCCUACCGACGGAACUUCAUCGAGCCGGCGGGAGGGGGCGGGGGUGGGGGGAGUGCGGUCCGCGCCGCUCUGGCUACGAAGCUGUUCUGCGGCUGGGACUUCGGGAUCGCCUCGCCCCGGGCCGCCGGCCUGGCCUCGCGCGCGCUCUACUACGAGUUCCGGGAACUCCUCAACGAGCAGAACAAAAAGCAGGAGGUCUCUUCAAUCUGGACAAAGAUCUGGCAACGCUUUACGAAUAUCGUCGUUACUACCAUCGUGUUAGCGGUUAUAUUUGGAAUUUUGUACGGACUGUGGAUGCUUAUGAGCGUGGAAACUUUGACCAGCAAUAGAGAGAUCUACAUUUCACUUGUUAUAACCGCCGUGACAGCUGUCUGCCCGAUCAUGCUGCAUUUUAUAGUUAAGUUAGAGUACUACACAGUCCGGACAGCCUUCUACGUGACUUUGGCGAGGACCUGGCUACUGGAUAUUGGAAUCCUCAUGCUUCUUCUGGUGUUCUGGGUUCGUUCUGAUCAAGCGUGCUGGGAGACCAGUAUAGGCCAGGAAGGUUAUCGUCUGGUCGUGUUGGAUGUACCGCUGUCUUUGUUCCUGCUACCAGCCGUUGAGCUGGUCAGAGGACUGCUUUACAAAUACAUCGAGACGCCGCCCGAGUUCAACAUCGCGUACAACUCCCUCACCCUCAUCUACAACCAGUCUGUACUCUGGUUCGGGAUGGUCUUCUCCCCCCUACUAGUCAUAGCCGUUACUAUCAAGUUCCUACUUCUGUUCUACGUCAAACGAGAGACUGCCCUACGAGCCUGUCAGACUGGGAAAAAGGUGUGGCGCGCGGCACAGACACAGACGGUGCUCCACACCCUGGUGACGCUGUCUCUGUUCACUACGCUGUUCGCGCUGGGCUCGCUGUUCCUCAGGUCGUCUUCAUCAUGCGGGCCGUUCCGUUCAUACGAUCACGUGUACGAGGUGUUGAGUGAAGGCGCGCUAAGGCUUUCGGAGCACAGCACCUUGUCUGCCGUGCUGCACUUCUUCACCAGGCCUGGAUCUAUCGCCUUCGUGCUUCUAGCGCUCUGUGUGUCGGUGUACAUAGCGAGGGCCAGGGCCAGCGCCCGGCGGUCGAUGGCUCACCUGCUUCGUCACAUGCUCCGGCUACAGGCCAAGGACAAAGACUUCCUUCUCGCAGCCAUCGAGAAGGUCUCCAACGGGGAAUGGCUCUACAGUCCUAAGGCUGAAGACUACGGCGCCGACAGUCACACAUGGAAAUAUCUAAACGAAGUCCGCAAACCAUCGAACGCAGGCUACCACUUCGAUGCGUCUAGGCUUAGCCAUUCCUUCCUAGACCGACCUAGGUCAUACGUGAAGGAGACCAGACCUACCUCGUACGUCGAGCGGCAGAAGUCGAAUGAGGAUGGGGAUACAGAUAGCUCGUUUAGUUGGCAAGGAUCUAGUAGCUAUUUGAAUCAGAAUGAUGUUGAAAAGAGGUAACCUGGCUGCUUGGUUACUGGGUUGGUGGCUCGACCAAAAA